GGUAUUUUCUAUGAUAGAGGUACAAUCAAGUGACAGAGGGAGCGGUACGAGGAAGUUGCGAAGCCUUGAUAUUCUGCCGCACGCAUAAAGAAGGCGCGAGGUCUCGGUGUUUUCGUAUAUGGUCUAUGUACUCCACGGUUUAUAGUCAGUCAAAAGUCGAUGUACUUAAAAAUAGACCCAAGUGCUUAUCCUUUGGCAUCCUAAAUUCCUGCCAACACCUACCACCUAGAAAGAAUCAGAAAACAUUACCACUCAAAUGUCUCCUUCGGCUAUCAUCGAUGACGCUAAGUCCAUUUCAACUGUCAUCAGUGAGGCCAAGCUUGCUCCUUCUAGCCUACAUUCACUAGCGGCAGGAGAAGCAGAAUUUCCUUCUGUCGAGUACUACGAUCAUCUUGCCAAAAUCUAUGAGGGUGCUUUUUCUCACGACAUCGGUCUCCGAGAAUUCGUUGAGAGAACCCUUCUAGAACUACCCAAGAAUUCAAAAGUUCUCGAUAUUGGCUGUGGGACUGGCAAGCCGGUAUCAUACACAAUGGCGGCCCAUGGUCACAAUGUUCAUGGUCUCGACUUAUCCGGCGCUAUGGUCGAUCUAUCCAGCAAAUGUGUUCCGACGGGCUCAUUCACACAAGCGAACAUGUUGGAAUAUAGUCCUCAAUUACAUAACAACACUCCUGAAAUUGACGUCAUAUUUACUAUCUUCUCACUCUUCUGCUUGUCUCGCAAAGAGAUGAGUACAAUGGCUUCAAAGAUGUCCAGUUGGUUAAAACCAAACGGACUCCUAUGUAUCGGCACCAUCUGCGCCGAAGACUUCAAAACAACACCUUCGAUGUAUGAUGCGGAUGGAUUGUGCGCCACCAAUGUCGAAAUGACGUUCAUGGGAUCAAAGUGUUCUUCUAUGACAGCAUUUACAAAGCAGGGGUGGAAAAGCGUGAUUGAAGCCGCUGGGUUUGAGAUCAUUUACACGAAGAGUGAUUUGUUCACGCCACGACCAUCUGCAGGUAUUGCUUCUGAUGACGAGAUGCAUUAUUUUAUCAUGGCAAGGAAGAAGUAAGAGGGCUGUUUCUCUAAUGCUUAGUCUAGAGUAUAUCAAUUGAGCUUGCGCGACCGUAAUUAUCUCUCAUCCUCCA